UAUUUCGUGGGGUGCUCCAAUAUUUUUUAUUUAGUCUCACUCAAUAAAGCGUCUAAAAUAAUCUAGUUUGCAUUGUUAGUUCUUUUUAAAUUAACUUUGUUUUAAAGUAUGCGUUAUUAAAGUCACUAAGUGUAAGUACUUGUCAAUAUCAAAGCUUCGUGUCUUUUUGGCUGUGCAUUGAGUUAUUUUCUGCCACAAUUGAACAUGAUUUGAUUUGAAUGAUAUCCUUAUAUGAUUUGUUCGGGUUAAGUUGUAAAAUAAAUCAAAGCUUGGAUAUAAAAUUUGAAGAUUGUUGAGAAUGGACAAAAAAUCAGCCGGUUUCUCUGAUAAACAAACAAAUAUGACACACAGGUCAAAAGUUGCAUUUUACGAAAGCAUAGCUAAAUCAACAGAGCCUGCUCGAAAGAAAACAGAAAGUCCCAGAAGAAAAUAUCAGCAAGCACAUGCAGCUUCAGCUAUAGAGUGGGAUGAGGAGUCCCCUCUACAAAGCCCAUUACCUGGAAGGUCGUUUGAUUUGAAUUACGGCAGUGAAUUCGACUACGAAUUACGGGAGAGAAUGGCACAAGUGUCUGUCAGUCAAAGCCGCAGGUUGUCUCCACAUGAUUUGGAAAUAUUCCAACAUCCCAUGUGCAUGAUAAGCGCCGUAAGUGAAAAGAACAAAAUAGGAGAAGAAACUAAAAUUCAUUUAAAGAGCGAAGAAAAAGUAUUUGAUCAAAUAGCAAAGAUAGAUUGGCCAAUAGUUGUUGUAGCCGUCGCAGGUUUGUACAGAACAGGGAAAUCAUAUCUAAUGAAUCGUCUGGCGGAGUCGAACAAAGGUUUUGCGCUGGGAGAUACUAUUGAAUCAACAACCAAGGGCAUUUGGGCAUGGUGUAAAAUACACCCCACUCAGCCGAACACUGUUUUGUUGCUUCUUGAUACCGAAGGCCUUGGUGAUGUUGAAAAGGGUGACCCAAGGUAUGACAACAAGAUUUUCACCCUAGCGACACUCCUUUGCAACUGUUUAGUUUACAACAUGAAGGGAGCGUUUGAUAACGACGCCGUCUCUAAAUUAACAUUUGUAACAGAAAUGGCCAGUAAUAUAAGAUUUCGAGGGAAAUCUCCUGAGGAUAAUCAGUUGAUCAAUCUAAUACUUCCUGACUUCGUUCUAUGUUUGAGAGAUUUCAGUCUCAAAUUGAUAAAAGAUGGGAAAAAGAUAACAGAAAACGAUUACCUUGAGCAAAGCUUAGCAGAGAACAAAGGCAAAACAGAUCAGUUCAACAAACCAAGAGCAUGCAUCAGAAAAUACUUUACGAAACGCGAGUGCUUUGCUUUCCCAGUUCCGGGUGAUGGUGAUGUUCUUGAGAAUCUGGAAACUUUGAGCUUUACCCAGUUAUCUAAAAGAUUCAAGGAAGUAACAAGUCGGUUUAAAUCCUACAUAUACAAAAUACCACCGAAGAACUUGCUAGCCAGUAAACCAAUAAAUGGACAAAUGUUCGUUACGUUGGCUGAUCGCUCAGUAACAGCUAUAAAAAAUGGGGCUGUUCCAGAUGUUGAUGACGCAUUUACAGCUGUAGCGAAAAUAGAGAAUGCUAAGGUUGAAAAAGAGGCUCUGGAUAUUUUUAAAAAUGAAAUGGAAACAGUAAAACUUCCAGUCCCUGAAAGUGAUUUAAGUAACCGUUAUACAAACGCACAAAAUAAAGCGCUACAUCACCUUCGACAGAAUGUUGUUCAUGACUUUCAAGCGGAAUGUGAAAUUGAAGCACAGGUAAGAGACUAUUAAUAAUGUUUCUGUUAUGCAAAUGGAUGCCUUAUCUUCCAUUCAAAGUCCAGUCAAUUGACCAAGACUUUACUCAAAAGGAUUGGGUUUGCAGUAACUUAAUUUGUCUUGAAUGUUCUUUGUUCCUUCUUAGUACGUUAGCCACAGAAAUAUAUUUACAUUUUGUCUUUUUAUAGUACACACUGACCUUUAUACGAGGGCUGAUUGAUAAAUUCGCGGAAUUAUCCUCUAAAAACCAAAUUUCUUUAUUGAACUACAUGAAAAUUCGAAUAGAGGUAAACCAAAAUGUUUGCAAUUACAUUUUCAUAUUGCCGAAAAUAUAUCACAAUUUUCCUAUGGAUACACCGUACCCAUAGCAAUCACUGCCCUGUGACUUGAGCACGCUGUAUCUUAAAGUAUACUUGAUAUAGUAUAAAUGUCACUGCGGGAAGAAAAUUAAUUUAAAAGCUUAUUUAGCGCUAACGCGUGUAACGUUAGUGUGACGUCUUGACGUCAUUUCCCGUAAAUUUAAAGACGAUGCGUUGAACGAAGCGUUAACCUCGAUGUCUACAAGACGGCAAAUUACGUCAGCAGACGACACUGAAUUACGCGCUGUCAUCAAGUUUUGUGUGGGACUGAAACUUUCACCGAGCGAAACUUUUAAAAAGAUAUAAAAUUCGGAAACACUGUCUACUGGUGAAAAGACAUUUGUGUAUAAAUGUCAUGAGUGGUUUAAGAGAAGGAAGAAUAUCCAUGUAUGAUGACAAAACAACUGGUCGGCCGACGUCUACAUGUACUAUUUGAAACACAGCCAUAGUGAAAGAACUGCUGGACGUUUACAGGUGCGUUACGGUGCAGGGUAUAGCUGAACACUUAUCUUUCAAUUAGUAUGCCGUGCAACCCAUUCUUACAGAAAAGGUCAACAUGUCGACAGUUGCCGCUCGCUGGGUACCCCCACCCACAUUCUGACGGAAGUCGACAGACAGAAGCGCGUGCAGUAUUCUCUAGAAUUUCUAAAGCGUUACGAGGCACAUGGUGAAGAUUUUUUUGGACAGGAUCGUGUCCACGGACGAGACAUAGCUGCAGUAUUACAAUCCCGAAUCCAAACACCAGUCUUCUAUUUUGAAGUAACAUGACACACCUCCGCACAAAAGGCUCGAA